AUGGCUGAGCACCGGCGGCUAGCGGACCUCACUUAUGGUCAUCCUGGGCUUCUGACUUAUGUUCCUCGCGAGGAUCCCGAAAAUGGUCCCGGGAUUUUACACACCAGCAGAGUCGUUUGCGAUACACCAAACUUCGAGAUUGUUGGCUCAUCAGCAGAACUGUAUCCACCAUCGAAGCGCUCUGCCCCAGAGUAUUCAACAGCUCUGUGGCAGGAGCGCCAAGUGCAGCAGAGAUGGUUAUCGAAUUCUCACCCCGAGAUGUUCCUAGGUGGCGCUACGGCCUCUGCUGACUUUCUCAAAGAGGAUAUGAACCGCUUUGAGAAAUCAGAAGAGAGUAAUAGCAGCGGUGCUCUUCUUGCUGUCGGCGAGAUGACUGACAUGAGGGACGCCACUACCCACGUAGGGAUGCCGCUGCUUGUAGUGGCUACAGGCAGCUCCGGUCAGCAACUACGGCUAGCCAGAAUGGAGGAGACAGGGUGGCAGUGGGAUGAUCACAAAGAUGCUACUCUCAAUCUGUCCACAAUUGACGCGAUCCAUCGGGAGGAAGAGGCGAUCUGGCAAGGUGACGGCUUACCCAUAACGAAGAUCAAGUUCGCCACUGCCUAUUGGCCAUAUGGCUCUCUACGUUGGCUUCUGGUUCAAAGCCAAACCUCGGUAACCAUCUUACACCCUGAGUACCAUCGAAUUCCAAUGCCAGGCCGUGUGGAUUCGAAUACGUCUCCGCAGAUGCCGUCUUAUAUUACACCUAACCCUUUGAUCACGUUGCAUCACCGACAAACUGGGGGAAAUGCGUUGUCUGACGUGUGCUUCAACCCACCAUCCGCUGGAUCUCCGCCGCAGAUAUCUGUAAUUGAUGAAUGCGGGUAUUGGAGUAUUUGGAGUUUGCUGGGCACCUGGCAAGUAGCCAAGAACACCCUACGGCUGUCCUUGCACAUGUGCGGACAUGUAUCUGACGGCAUUCUUGACACGAUACCCCGAGUUUCCAGCUACCCGGCUCAAAGGCAUGGCAUGUUGCAAAUCGGACGGACUGAUCGUGAACCACGAGUGCCAAGUGCCACCACCAAGCGCGACGAGGAUAUUAAAUGGUCCUUUGGUCCGUCCCAGCAUAUCUUGGUGUGGAGCUCAGAACAUAUGUCACUCAUAGACUUGAAAGCCGAAUCGGUGCUGCCAGAUGUAGCCAUUCUUUCGCAGUCAAGGACUAAGCCCGACUGGAUUCUCGACAUUCAAAGCAGCCCUGUUAAUGAGAACCAUGUAUUCGUCUUGACGGCUCGCCAGCUGAUUUGGUUGGACUUACUGCCCUCUGGUGUUGAGCCCGGGAAAAGCAGGCAGCCGCAAAUCAUACUUACUUGCUCCCAUGUUGGCUUUGGGAAUGAGGAUUCCAAGAUGUCCGUCUGCCAGGUGUCAGACGACGAGUCUGAUGGCAGCAUGGUUUUCGUUCAUUUGCCGUCUCUAAAUCAGCUCACAGUAUACUGGUUCACUUAUGCCUCAGAUGCAAAGCUUCCACAGUGGCACCGCUACAUCACAGCCGUUUUGGGAGAAAGCAAAAAGGACUCACAGCGCAUACCAAAGUUUAUCAGGGUGCAGCCUGCAAAACUCACAAUAUCUACUGACGGAGACGAAGUCGGUCCCGGCACGGAAUACGCGCGCGCAGGCAUCAGGUUUUACCAGGUGACUAUUCUGGACGAAGAUUUAGGUGUGCGUUACUGCAUUUGCACCACGUCCACUGAUCCAUCUCUCGAAGUCGGUCUACCUACGUCUCGCAUUGGCUGGUCUAAAUCUCAAGACCGGAGACGUUGGAAGCAGAGAAGGAAGCAUUUCUUGCGCCACAUGGGAAAUACAUUUGUGCUACCAGACGGCAUGACGGAUGACCACCUGGAUUCCUUGCUUAAGAAGCAAGAAUCCAAGCCGAAUGAUAACGACACAUCUGAUGAAGAUGAAGUAAAUGUGCCCCGGCCAGUGUAUUUGAAUUUCGGGCGGCUCGCGCAGACCAUCUCGUCUGAUCUACAGGCUGGGAUUUCAGAAGCCGAAUAUGGUUUGCCAAGAGAGCUAGUUGUUUCUGUUCAGCGUGCGAUUGAGCGUGGCCUGCAUGAAGGCUUUUUACCUCUUACAUCAUGGAUGGAGAUUUUGUCAACGCUGGAGCAACCGCUUACAUUUGAAGGUCACGGCGAAAGAUUGGAAAGCGAGACUGAAAGCCUACUUGACACCACAGAUGAAAAUGUCGUCGUUAUGCAACUGAGGAGGAAGGGACCGAGCGAACUGCCCAACUCUCCCCUUGGCUAUUCCUUUUUGGAGGAACGGUUUUCACAGCUGUGGCUUGGCCCGACGGCAGGCUCCUUACCAGAGGAGAUGCAACAUAUUCGGAGGGGCUGGGUAGUCGAGAUCGCUAGAGACAUGUUCUUGUCCAGCUACGGCGUCAUGGUGCAGAAUGUCGCUCUCUUUGGCCCGAGCAUUUCUCACCCUGCUGAGGAGAGCCAGAUGGACGUGGCCACGCCGCGGUCCAGUCAGCCACCUUAUUCGAGCCAAGUAAUUGCUUCAUCGUCACAGGCAGGACCAGGUUCAACAUCAGAGGCCCCGGACGCCGUCUUCCAGCGCCUCCAGCUUCUUGCGCCAACUAUUAAGCAAGGUGCUCUAGGUUCGCUUAAACAAUCAAAGAUUCUUUCUUAUUGGCCCACAGAGCGCGGCGUCGAUCCAGAGGAGUACGUUUCAACCGUUGCUGUUGCAACUGAGGAAAAGUUCUCCUAUGCGAAACGACGAUUGCAGAGGAUCGAAGCGAAGAGGAGAGCACAGUCGGAGAAAUAUAAGCGUCCUGCAUUUAUGCGGCAAGGAUUUCCAGCCAGUGAUGGUCUGGGUGACGAUACGUCGACUAUGGAGAUGCGGCCGCCUCCGGUUCAGGCAAUGUCCAGUCAGCAGCGGGUGCCAGAUUCAUCCCAGAGUGUUGGUUUCCCGGGGCCUUCGGUGACGAUGAGUCAGCCUGUUUCCGGUGUUUUUGGAGAUAGAAAGAAGGUUAAGAAGGGGAAGAGGAAGAGUGGUUUUAGAUAG